AUGGAUGUAGCUGACUCGACCUGUGAUAGGAGCGUCUCACAAAGGACAAAGUGUAGCUUCAAAUGCAGUGAAACCGGUGACGAUGUUCGUACGGUCACGUGUGAAGCUAUGGGAUCAUGGAAUAAGGGACUUCCUAGAUGUGGAAGUUUAGGCUUAAAUGCCACCAUGAACAUGACCAUGAACAUGACCAUGAACAUGAACGCGAACAUGACCAUGAACAUGACCGCACGAAGAAAAAGACGCGAAACUUUGCCCUUGGACAAGCAAGAUGUUCUAACAGUUCAAGAAACGAGUUUGUCAAACGGCGAGAUGCAAAUAAACUUACUCAUAGGCGUCAUGUACAUGUCAGAAGUAACUGUUGAACGUUUGAUAGAACAGAUCAAAGUAGCUCUUCUUCUAGAAGUGGAUGAAUUCAGCGUUGUUUCAGUUGGUGUAACAGAUCUGGACGCACUCUGUUCCCCGACGCCCUGCACGAACAACGGCGAGUGCCAGGUUGACUAUAACACCUUUGAUUUCACUUGCGUCUGCGCCAGUGGAUACUCCGGGCCUCAAUGCUCUAACUCUUCUAACGUCGUACUCCUUGCUAUCCUAGUCCCUAUCACGAUUCUCAUUCUCCUCUUCAUCAUCUUCUUCGUCGUCCUCGUCGUUUACUAUCGUGUUCGUCUCCACAAACUGGAAGGGUAUAAAAAGAGACCAUUUCAUUACGACAUGAACGCUCGUCGAUAUGAAGAUGGCAUGCAGCAGCUGUACUUCAUAGAAGAUAGGAGACACCAACAUCACGACACAGAGACCUUCAAGAACAGCGCUAUGGGCCUUCGAUUCAGUAAAGAAAUCAAUGCUCGUAUGCAAGUGAGAUCUCAACAGAUGGAAUUACAUGGGCAUCACCCAUCAGCAUCCCAACAUGAUCCAACAGGUAGGCAUCGAGGUCGAACGGACCCGAUACAGAGUGGACGAAGCCUUCACGACCGACCAGUGACAGGCGACCAAGGAUUCCAGGGACAUCGCUCAAACGGUAUGCGCAGUCGGGGCAAUCCUUCCCUGAGUCACGAGACGGGCAGCAGCAACAGCGUAGUCUACAACAAGGCGGCCAGAAGGAGUGUGAAUGAUAGGAACAUGGUUUUUGUAGGCAGAUCCAGAAACGGGAGUAUGCCGUCUGAUGUGCACGUAGCUAACGGUUUUAACGACACACGUCUUUAAAACAGGGUUCUGUACAAGCCCAUCAAAUCAAUAUCCCUACCCAAAUUAUAUCACAGGAGAGACCUUUCGGAUUGAUUGCAAAAUUCCUAAAUCCGGCUGUAACUUUCUUGGAUAGUUGUAUGAUUUUUAUUCAUGUACUUAGGAAUGCGCUGAACAAUACUGGAAACCUUUCAUUUUUAAUUGAGGUUUUGUACUAAAAAUUAUAUUUAUACCCGCCUUUUAAUUAAACCUAGAUAUUCGCAAUUGUUUCUUUUUUUAAAGAUUAUGUUCAUCAU